CGUACCGGCCGAAGGUGCGCUCUCGCCCUCGCUUGACUUUGCUUCACCUGCUUACCUCGGGUCGUUCGGUCCCCAUGUAUUAUCAUCUAGGCUAAAUUUCUCAAAAAACUCCUAUUUUUUCAAUUUUUGCUUGUCUGCAAGACAUUAUUGGUCAAUUGAUUUAUUUUCCACUUUCGUAAAAAUUGUCUUAUUUCUUGUACUGGUAAAUAUUUUACUCUGGAAUCGUGCUGAACGUGGGCUUUCUGGCCCUAAAGUUUAUCGUUUGUCAACUUAUCGCGUGCAGCUCGUACAGCACUACAGGAGUCAAUAUAUUUCAUCACGAAAAAAUUGGUUCCUCAGCUGGACGUUGACUUUGGUGGACAGUUCGAAUGUGACGGAAAUAUUGCUUCUAGUAGGAUUACAAUGAUGUGUAAAUAAAAGAGGGCAAAAGUGAAUAUUCAUUUGCUAGUGAUCGUGUAUUUAAAUGAAUUUUGUCUUGAUUUUAAGCUUACAAACGACACGAUCUGCCAUCUAGAGAAUUGAAAGCCGCGUUUCCUCAUGCGCUCAUGUAAUGCUCACUGGUGGGCAAAGAGGACGAUUGAAAACUCUUACCACAUUACAGAUCCGCAUUCCCGCAAUCCAAAGGAUUCUCUUCAGUGUCUUGAGACGACCAUGAAUUCCAAGUUAACGAUCUGGAACUGCAAAGCAAGUUAAUUAAUUCCACGACCUUGUGCCACUAUUAAGACAUAGCCAAGGCUGUCUUGCGUCACGCUCAAGGCAAAUUCUUCUGGCCUGUAGACCCAGCUCCACUGAAUUAGAUCAGACCAAAAUAGAACUUAAGUGUUGACCUAACCUUCUCUGAUACCAGCUGAGUCAGCGAGAUUGAUUCCUCUUGGAAACUGGAGCUCACUACUUGAUUAGGUUCAAAAUUCAGUAGACUUUAGUGAUGUUCCCUGACAAUUUUUAAUAUGAAGUACCGUUACGUUGGUAAUUAAAUGCAUAAAAAAGUGCAGUCAAAUGCCAACCUCGAUUUCAAUUCAACAAACUAGCAACUGUAACGCUGAAAUACUUUCCGAAAGUGUUCACUGUUCUUGAAAAAUAACCCGCUGCUACUAAAGACACUCAGAAACUUUACAAAACUUCGUGGUUUGCCGGUUAGUGUGGAACUGACUGACUCUAUCGGAACUCAUUUACGGACAAAUUUCAAGAUGUAUUCGACUCGAAAUUUUAUUCGGGAUCCGAUGAUGCUGGCAGUCUUAUUGGCUUUAAUUCCAGCGACGUGUAGCGGCGAAGACUCGCUCGAGCUGCCCAUGAGCCUAGCAGCGUCAACGCCGUACAACUCGCUGGAGGAGAGCGACGUCGCACAGAGCGGCCACCACAUCAUCUGGGGACGCCCUAACACCAAGGACGCUUACUUCGACGACAUGACUCCUACCAACGUCACCGCUGUCGUCGGACAGACCGCCAGACUCCCCUGCAGGGUCAUCAAUCUCGGACAAAAAGACAACGUUCUUCUCGAUCAGGUAACUUGGAUACGCAAACGUGAUAUCCACAUCCUCACCCUGGGCGUCUCAACGUACACCAGUGACGCCCGCUUUACAGUUGUGCGUAAUCGCAAAACCAAGGAAUGGAUUCUGCAGAUCUCCCCCGUAGCCUUCAGAGAUGCCGGCGUCUAUGAGUGUCAAGUGUCGACGAGUCCAAAAAUAUCUCUUCCCGUCACUCUUAAUGUUGAGGUCCAGCAGGCCCGUAUACAAGGACCGUCGGAAGUCUACAUCCAGAACGGGUCUACCAUCAGCCUGACGUGCGUCGUCAACACCCACUCGGAGAACGUGGGCGCCGUGUCGUGGUUCCGCAACGCCAACAGCCUCGACUAUGACUCGCCCAGAGGCGGCGUGAGCCUCGAGAUCGAAAAGACGCCCAUAAGAACAACAUCGAAGCUUUUUAUCACGCGCGCAAUCAGGGCAGACUCCGGCAACUACACCUGCGCUCCAGAGUUUGCUGAUGCAGCUUUUGUCAUCGUGCACGUCGUUAACGGCGAGGAGUCUGCGGCCGUGCAGACGGGUGAGGGCGUGGCGCUCGUGCCUCGCCUGCAGUGCGCCGUUGUCGGCCUGGCGCUGCUCCUGGCGGCCGCGCGGUGACCGACUCACCCUUAAGCCUCAGAUUCGUGGACGUAUACCAGUUACGAGAAGGAGUCGUGAGACGAGCAGGAGCGUCUCAGCCGUCGUGCCUUAUCAUUAUUUGUCAGUUCAGAAUCUUAAUGUACCUACUCAUCGUAUUAUACUUGGAGAAUAUAUGUGA